AUGUGGGGUACCCGCAAAAAGUCCGAACCUGGCUCUGCGCGCUUUGUUGGCCCACCGUUGGAAUGCGAUACGGUCUGGCUCGACUUCGCUGAGCAGCGCUGUAGUUCCCCGCCCUCUCACGCUCCGCCUCUCGCCUCGCCAGGCAAGUCCACCGGCGUGCACGCCAUCGACCCGCAUGCCCGCCGCAAGCAGGGCAUGACCCUGAAGAAGGCGCAGCCGGGCGCCCCGUUCGGCUGGACCUCGGAGGGCACGCCGUAUAUCGGCACUCAGUACUGCGUCGACUUCCGCACGCCGACCGGCCGCCUCGCCUCGCUCUCCACCCGCAACGGAGGCGAAGCAUACCACUGGCAGAGUCUCGGCGGCGUGUCCGCUAAGGUGGCCAGCUCCGCGCUCGAGACGCACGGCCGAAUCGACCAGCUUAUGGCAGGCGAGUCGGGCCGUCCCUGCGGCGAGAUCCUGUCUGCGUCCGACCUGGCGACAGUGCGCGCCGCCUUUGUGCGUGUGUUGGGUGAGGAGGUCGUCCGGCAGUUUGAGGCUGCGGGCGAGGAGGCGGGUGAGGCCGAGGUUAAGAGCGAGGAGGCCAAGAGCGAGGCCAAGAGCGAGGUCAAGCGCGAGGUCAAGGCCGAGGCUGGCAAGGCCGAGGCUGGCCGAGAGGCCGAGACGGUCAUGGACAAGAAGCGCAAGGCGCGGAUGGCACUCUCCGACGCGCGGCAAGCACGGAACCUCGAGGGCGAGGGCGAGGGACCCGGGUCCAAGCAGCCGAAAUCAAAGCGGCCAAAGGCAGAGGCCUCGGGCGAGGCGGCACCCGUCGACUGAGGCCGAGGGAGGCGGCCAGCCGGUGGGGAGGGCGCUUGCAUGUGGCACAGUACGCUUGAGCCGGUACGUGGGGCGCUCCGAGAGGCGCCGAGGGGCUACUGUGUUUAUUGACAUCAUUGCUGAC